GAGCGCACUCUUCACAUCAACGCUCAAAGGCCAUUAUGUUCGCCAGAUUAAUGUUCAGAACCUGCAGGCCUGCAGGCCAAGCAAUUCGCAAAUAUGCCUCCGAAGCCUCCCCAAAGCCGUCGUCAAACGCUCCACUCUAUGGCGGUCUUGCCCUUGCUGCCGGAGGCGCAUACUACUACUGGCAGCGACAGCAAUCCCCGCAAGCUUUGGAGGCUGCGCUCAAGGAGCGAUCGAAAGUCUUCGUUGGUGGGGACCAAGGCUGGGUGGAUUUGAAGCUCGCCGGGAUUGAGACGCUGAGCCACAACGUGAAGAGAUUUCGUUUUGAAUUUCCAGAUCCAGAGUCUGUCUCGGGACUGCAUAUUGCAUCCGCUCUUUUAACAAAGUACAAGGGCCCAAAAGAUGAGAAGCCAACCAUCCGUCCCUAUACUCCCGUUAGCGAAGAAGAACAACCCGGAUACCUGGAUCUCGUCGUUAAGCAGUAUCCCAACGGCCCCAUGUCCACCCACUUGCACAACAUGGCCGUCGGUCAACAGCUUUCUUUCAAAGGGCCCAUUCCUAAAUACCCUUGGGAAGAAAACAAGCACGAUCAUAUUUGCAUGAUCGCCGGCGGUACCGGAAUCACUCCCAUGUACCAAAUCAUUCGCAAAAUCUUCAACAACCCCAAUGACAAAACCAAAGUUACACUCGUCUUUGGCAAUAUUACAGAGGAAGACAUCCUCCUGAAAAAAGAGUUGGAUAUCUUGGAGAACACCUAUCCCCGACGCUUCCGUGCGUUUUAUCUUCUUGACAAGCCUCCAGCUGGCUGGACUCAGGGAACCGGCUACGUCACCAAGGAGUUGUUGAAGACUGUCUUGCCCGAACCCAAGACCGAGAAUAUCAAGAUCUUCGUUUGCGGACCCCCCGGAAUGUACAAAGCCGUCAGUGGACCAAAGAACAGUCCCAAAGACCAGGGGGAGCUCACUGGUCUCUUGAAGGAGCUUGGGUACGACAAGGAUCAAGUCUACAAGUUCUAG